AUGUAUCCCGAAGGAGAACUAAAUACGAUACCUCAUGUAGAUUUUCAUGGAUUUAGCUCAAAUGAUGAUAAUGAAUAUGCAUUAUCAAUUGAAGCGCAUGAUGGUAUAGGCACGAUCGCCGAACAAUUUAGCGAAGAAGAAACUGAUCUUAAAUCAGUUACACCAUUUCCAUCACAGGUUGCCGCACCAUCAACAAUUAACUUUUGCACAGGAGAUCGAAGAAAUCCAAUCUCAGAUACAAAUCACAGUUUAGCUGAUGAACACGUACAACGAGGUCACCAACCUCGACCUCCGGAACACCGACAAUACGAGAGGGAAAGAGUUCACCGGGAACUGAUAACGCCAACAAGUGAUAGAAAUCAUAUAUCGAGAACAGUACGCUCAGCUGAACAGGAUCGAAGUAAGUGUUUUCUAAAGUUCAAAUAUUCUUAUGUCCCACGUGUACGUUGAAAAAACACAUUAUAGUUAGACAAUACUGUAUUUUUUCCGUUAUUGAAGCAACGGUAGUAUACGAUCAAAGUGCAAAAAAAUAGAAAUGACUGUAAACAAAGAUUAGUAAUAAUAUUUUACUGAUUCAGGAACUGAUUCAUUGCAGAAAAAAGGACACAUAACUAACUGCUGAUGUAUCGGUAAGAAAAUAUAUUCUGAGGAAAAGAAUUAUUCGUUCAUAUAUUCUGAAAAAACGAAAGAAUAAAUGUUAAAACUCAGCUAGUUUUGAAAUCUAAAUAAGUCCUAUAUAUAGAGCCCUGUGGGAUCGGGAUUAGUCUGUUUUCAUAAAUUUAGUGUCAUAAAUCCCACAUUUAUAAUGAAACUUGUAAAAUGUUUCAUGGAAGUUUUCGAUUUUAUGUAACUUCUGGGUUAAUAAAUUUAACAUCCACGUUUCCUAAACUUUAUGAAACUUGUUCCCAAAUUUCCUAAAUGUCUGAUUUAUGAAACUAGAUUUAUGUAGAGACGUAUCCCUAGGAUUUCAAAAUUCAUCUGUUCCACAGUUUAUCAACCUUCUGUACUUAUAUAUAAUAUCUUAUUUUAACUUAAACAUGAGAGCAAACAAUCAUAGAACUGAGUAUUCUACUUUCGUUAAAGUUAACGAACCAGGCGUUUCUAGAAGCCAUUAAUAAUUCGUUGUCAGUUAGAUGCUUACAAAUCGAAGUAUACAUAACCUUAAGAAUGUCCAAAAUAAAAAUUCAAUAAAAUUUUAAAAUAAGAGUUUUACCCAUAAAAAUUUUUGUAUUCCCUUCAUUUCUUGACUUUUCUACUAUUUCUUCACUCUUUUUCUUCCGCUCCUUGGCAAAACGCAGCGUCGAAGGUUACAUUUUCUGUAUAAUUGGAAAAAAAGUCUUAUUUUUUUAAAAUUCUCAAAAAAAUUUCUUUUGAAAUAACACACUGAUUGUUUUUCCGUCAAAUAUCUUAGAAACUCAAAAAGUGGCCUAAAGCAACAUCGAUGUGUGACGCUUUUAAAAUCCCAUGCCACGGAUAACAAGAACCUUCAACCUACUGUGGUUGAGCAUAAAUAAAGAUCAGAUAGAUGAAAAGUAAAAACGAACUUUCGGGCGAAAAUUCCUCGUUUGGAGAAUUUGAUAGUGUCCUAGAGAGAGGUCAGCAGUAUAAUUACUCUAAUGAAAGAGGCAGACUGUCCGUCCACUAAAAGAAAAAAUUUGAUAGUUACAAAAUGAUUGAUUUGAAAAAGAAGUGAACGAGACUGGUAAAAUGAUGCAACUUUCUGUAUUUCCAAAAGUCCUGCUAUUAAAUGGUUAGAAUCGUUUACGCGUUUAGCUAUAGCCAUUGGUUGAUGCGUCGACUUCAGUCAGUAAAACAAUACAGUGAAUGACUGCGUUUUAAAUGAUAUCAAGCGACAUGUAUGCGAUUGAUCGAUCGAUAUACCUAGAGAUGAAUCGAGCGAUGCAACUAUUAGGUAUGUUACAAACCCAAACCCAAGUCUGGACUUGGGUUUGGGUAUUGGGUACCCAAGUCUGAGACUUGGGUUUGGGUUUGGGUACCAAGUCUGAGACUUGGGUUUGGAUAUUGAGUCAGACUUGGGUUAUUAAAAGACUCCUUUUAACUGAGAUACCUUCUUUUGUUGUGGCUCUUUGAGAAAACAGGAUGUAAGAUGUUUAUUUCGGCCUGUGGGCAUAC